UCCGUGUAAGAUACGUAACCCCCGCCCCGCCCCGCCGCGUCGUGCCGGUGACCGACUCGUGCGGGUGGGCAACAUGGCGGUCCCGUGGUGGAGCCACUGCCGGAGGUGGAGUACGAACCGGGCGAGCGCGACAUUACUCGACACGCUGCGGCGGUGUGACGGCAGGUCUGCGUCCUCUGCGGCGCGGGCCGCCUGGAGCUCGAGGCCCCGGAACGAGGCGCUGCUAUUAUCAUCAUCAUCAUCAUCCUCACAGAUAAACCUGAAAACUUUCAACUUUACCUCACUACUAAACAGACACAAGUCGCGGUCCCUGUGUCCCGCGCUGCAGCCGCGCUGCUGCCGAACGAUACACAGCGACGCGAAGGUCGAGGACCCGUUCACGUUGGCUCAGAAAGACCUUACGAGUUUAUACGAUGACAUCAGAAAGGAGCUGUUUGUCUCUAAAGAAGAGCUGAAGUCUCUGUGCGACUACUACUUCGAUGGAAAAGGCAAAGCGGUGCGACCGAUGAUUGUGGUUCUGAUGGCGCGGGCCCUCAACAUCCACAGCAACAGGGCGGGCGACCUGCUCCCGGGGCAAAGGGCCAUCGCCAUGAUCUCUGAAAUGAUCCACACUGCCAGUCUGGUGCACGAUGACGUCAUCGACGGAUCUGACAAGCGCAGAGGAAAGGGAACCAUCAACGAAGUGUGGGGGGAAAGAAAGGCCAUCUUGGCCGGAGACUUCAUCCUCUCCGCCGCCUCCCUGGCUCUGGCUCGCAUCGGAAACAUCACCGUGGUGAAAGUGUUGUCCCAGGUGAUCGAAGACCUGGUGCGAGGUGAAUUCAUGCAGCUGGGCUCCAAAGAGAACGGGAACGAGCGGUUCAAACACUACCUCGAGAAGACCUUCAAGAAGACGGCGAGUCUUAUUGCAAACAGUUGUAAAGCAGUUUCCAUCCUGGUCAACUCUGAUCCCGAAGUUCAUGAAAUUGCCUUCCAGUACGGGAAGAACGUCGGCAUCGCGUUCCAGCUGGUGGACGACGUGUUGGACUUCACGUCAGGAGCCAGUCACCUGGGGAAGCCCACGGCCGCAGACCUCAAACUGGGCCUGGCCACCGGGCCGGUCCUGUUCGCCUGUGAGCAGUUUCCUGAGCUUCACUCUAUGAUCAUGAGACGGUUCAGCUCCGACGGAGACGUGGACCGAGCCUGGGAAUACGUUCUUCAGAGCGACGGCGUGCAGCAGACCAACUUCCUGGCGCGGCGCUACGGCCAAGAGGCCAUCAGACACAUCAGCAUGCUCCGGCCGUCCCCCGAGAGAGACGCCCUCAUCCGGCUCACGGAGAUGGUGCUCACCAGAGACAAGUGACGAGCCUCCAACUCAACUUCAGGCAGCUACCUGCGGAAAAAUGCAACUCACGAGUUGAGACGACAAAGACGGUGAGAGAGAGAAGCGACGGGACGUUCGGUUCGGAAGGACCCCUGGUGCCGGUUUCAGUGCCAACGGCAAAAAGAAAACGGCAGCAAGCUGUCAGAGCACUUACUCAGAAUCAAGGGGGUCAGUCUGAACUGACUCCCGUCAUUUCCUGUCGCUCUCCUGAAAUAUACACGAGGGUGAGUCACACAUAAGCCCACUCCACAUUCUCGUGACCAUAUGGAAAUAAAUCUUAAAUCAUGGGACGCCACUUCAUAACAGUACUGUACCUGCGCCGGCCUCGUCUCUGAGCAGCGGAGGCGGCGGCGUCAAUAUCGUGCAUAAUCGUCGUCACCGGUGUGUGUUUCGUCUGUCUCGAGCUCCGUCCUCACACCACCAAAGGCCAAAAAACAGUCACGUCUCCCUCCGACGUGUGAAAUGUUUUCCGAGGUUUACUUCUGUGAAUCAAAGUGUCCUGUAACGAAACCAAGGCCUUAACAUCUUCAUCAUCCACAACUCGUGUGUUGCUCAAUAAAACCGUCUUUUGUUUUGUUUUUAUUUCUAUUUAAGCCAAAA